UAUCUUCUGUUGUGUUCAGCAGAAGAAAGAAACACAAACAACUUUGGAACAAAUGGUGGGAGAGUAAAUGAUAAAUUUGUUUUGUUGGUGAACUAUCCAUUAAAGCCACCGACUAGACUUCAUUUCCCAGCAACACUUGGGAAAGAGGAAAUGCUUUUCAACUUUCACUUCAGCGCCACACGCCCAUCAUCACUCAAUACAGCGGCAACAGUUCGAGAUUCAGUGAACUAAACACGUUCAAAAAGGAAACCGCGAACAUUUUAGGCGUCAUUUCAUUGUUUAAUCCCGAACAGUUGUGUUCAUGGCCAGUCAAACCUGGUUGGAGUCUUCUCUGCGCCGGUCAUAUGAACUCGGCCAGGAGGUGUUGGAGAAAGCAAAGAGAAGGUCUGUUAGCAGCUCAAGUACAAAAUCUAGACCAACUCUCGGGUUCUGUCACAAGGAAAGGGGCUCAGAGGGAGAUACCUGCCAUUCAAACUUGAACCAUGCUUUUGCAACAAUAGUGGAGUACAUGUCAGAAACUACCAGACAAUGCAAGAAAUAUUACACAUCUGUGCACCGGACUCAGCCCAGUGAGCAAGAGCACAUCUGUCGUUAUCAUUCCCAGCAGACCUUGAAGACUGCAGACCAGAAGCACAAUGCUACGGCUGCCACUAAACAAUAUGCAGGUUUGUCAGAAGCAGAGGAUUUCCUCAUUGAAGUGUCUCCGGGAACCUAUUCUAUCACAGCAGCAAUGCAGGACACAAGACCACAGACCAAAACUGUCCAUGUCGAUGCAGGAGAGAGCAUGAGCCUUGCAUUUAACCUCUGAACUUCAGCUCUAUUUUAAAUGGCCUUCACUGAGGACUUGCAGUAAAAUUCUAAACGCACUGAUUCUGACUUUCGUAAGUAUUCAUCAAUUGUAUUGUUUGAUGCUCAGGAAUAUGUAUUCAUCUAUUUUUAUAGUAAUCGUGGAUUUAAUUAGCCACAAUGAGAUUUAGCAGCAAGACAUUUGCCCUUAAUUUCACUUUAUUCCCUGAUGUUGGUGAUUAAUAAACUUCUGUGUAAUUUUA